AUGCCCACCAAUUUCACCGUGGUGCCCGUGGAGGCGCGGGCAGACGCGACCCAGGCCCAGGACGGCGGAGACGAGGCGACCGGGCCACCGGAGGUGCAGGGCUGCCCCGAGGACCGCGCGGGGCCCGAGUCCGACCGCCCGAGCCCGAGAGAUGGGACCCCCAGGGAAGCUAGCCCUUUCAUCAAUAAUGUGGAUAUGGACCGGGAGAACUUCUUUGAAGGAAAGAACAUGGCCCUUUUUGAGGAGGAGAUGGACAGCAACCCCAUGGUGUCAUCCCUACUCAACAAGCUGGCCAACUACACCAACCUGAGCCAGGGCGUGGUGGAGCACGAGGAGGAUGAGGACAGCCGCCGCCGGGAGGCCAAGACCCCGCACAUGGGCACCUUCAUUGGCGUCUACCUGCCCUGCCUGCAGAACAUCCUGGGCGUCAUCCUCUUCCUGCGUUUGACCUGGAUUGUCGGGGUGGCAGGGGUGCUCGAAUCCCUGCUCAUCGUGUCUCUGUGCUGCACCUGUACCACACUGACCGCCAUCUCCAUGAGCGCCAUCGCCACCAACGGUGUGGUCCCAGCGGGAGGCUCCUACUACAUGAUCUCCCGGUCACUGGGGCCUGAGUUCGGAGGGGCCGUCGGGCUCUGCUUCUACCUGGGCACCACAUUCGCGGGGGCCAUGUACAUUUUGGGGACCAUUGAGAUCUUCUUGACCUACAUCUCGCCGAGCGCAGCAGUGUUCCGGGCCGAGGAGGUGGGCGGGGAGACGACUGCCAUGCUGCACAACAUGCGAGUCUACGGCACGUGCACCCUGGUGCUCAUGGCUGCUGUGGUCUUCGUGGGUGUCAAGUACGUUAAUAAGCUGGCCCUGGUCUUCCUGGCCUGUGUGGUGCUGUCCAUCCUAGCCAUCUACGCUGGCGUCAUCAAGACCGCCUUUGACCCACCCGACAUCCCGGUCUGCCUGCUCGGGAACCGCACACUGUCACGGCGCAGCUUCGACAUCUGCGCCAAGACGCACAGCAGCCCCAAUGGCACGGCACCCACGGCGCUCUGGGGCCUCUUCUGCAACGGCUCCGCCUCCGACGGCUCCUGUGACGAGUACUUCUCCCAGAACAACUUGACCAUCAUCCAGGGCAUUCCUGGCGUGGCCAGUGGCGUCGUCCUUGAUAACCUGUGGAGCACAUACCUGGACAAGGGCGCGUUUGUGGAGAAGAAGGCUGUGGCCUCAGUCCCCGCGUCUGAUGAGAGCAGGACCGCCGGGCUGCCGUACGUGCUGACAGACAUCAUGACACACUUUACCUUGCUGGUCGGCAUCUACUUCCCCUCGGUGACUGGCAUCAUGGCCGGCUCCAACCGCUCAGGGGACCUCAGGGAUGCUCAGAAGUCUAUCCCCACGGGCACCAUCCUGGCCAUUGUGACCACCUCCUUCAUCUACUUGUCGUGCAUUGUGCUGUUCGGGGCGUGCAUUGAAGGCGUGGUUUUACGUGAUAAGUUUGGGGAGGCCCUACAAGGCAAGCUGGUCAUCGGCAUGCUGGCCUGGCCCUCCCCCUGGGUCAUCAUCAUCGGCUCCUUUUUCUCCACCUGUGGUGCCGGCCUGCAGAGUCUGACCGGGGCCCCUCGCCUACUGCAGGCCAUUGCCCGGGAUGGCAUUAUCCCCUUCCUGCAGGUAUUUGGCCAUGGGAAGGCCAACGGGGAGCCCACCUGGGCCCUGCUGCUGACCACCCUCAUCUGUGAGAUUGGCAUUCUCAUCGCCUCACUGGACAGCGUGGCCCCCAUUCUGUCCAUGUUCUUCCUCAUGUGCUACAUGUUCGUCAACCUGGCCUGCGCUGUGCAAACCCUGCUGCGCACCCCCAACUGGCGCCCACGCUUCAAGUACUACCACUGGACACUGUCGUUCCUGGGGAUGAGCCUGUGUCUGGCCCUGAUGUUCAUCUGUUCCUGGUACUAUGCCUUGUGCGCCAUGCUCAUUGCGGGCUGCAUCUACAAGUACAUCGAGUACCGCGGGGCUGAGAAGGAAUGGGGUGAUGGCAUCCGGGGUCUGUCGCUGAACGCCGCCCGCUAUGCGCUGCUCCGUGUGGAGCACGGUCCCCCGCAUACCAAGAACUGGAGGCCUCAGGUGCUGGUGAUAUUGAGCCUAGACGAGGAACAGGCUGUGAAGCACCCACGGUUGCUCUCCUUCACCACCCAGCUGAAGGCUGGCAAGGGACUGACCAUCGUGGGCUCCGUGCUGGAGGGCACUUACCUGGACAAGUAUACUGAGGCCCAGCGUGCUGAGGAGAACAUCCGGUCCCUGAUGGCUGUGGAGAAGACCAAGGGUUUCUGCCAGUUGGUGGUGUCCUCCAACCUUCGGGAUGGCACGUCCCACCUGAUCCAGUCCGCCGGGCUUGGGGGCAUGAAGCACAACACAGUGCUGAUGGCCUGGCCUGAUGCCUGGAGGCAGGCUGACAACCCCUCCUCCUGGAAGAACUUUGUCGACACUGUCCGGGACACCACGGCGGCGCAGCAGGCCCUGCUGGUGGCCAAGAAUGUGGAUCUUUUCCCUCAGAACCAGGAACGCUUCAGUAACGGCAACAUCGACGUGUGGUGGGUCGUGCACGACGGGGGCAUGCUCAUGCUGCUGCCUUUCCUGCUGCGUCAACACAAGGUGUGGAGGAAGUGCCGGAUGCGGAUCUUCACAGUGGCCCAGGUGGACGACAACAGCAUCCAGAUGAAGAAGGACCUGCAGAUGUUCCUGUACCACCUGCGCAUCAGCGCCGAGGUGGAGGUGGUGGAGAUGGUGAGCGCCCCCGGCUGCGUGCUUUAUCAGACUUGUCAUGGGCACUGGGUGAAGGUCCCCAGAGCAGAUCAUCAGUAA